AAUUUUGCAGUAUGAUGACGGGCUUUAUGGAUCGAUGGAAAAUCCAUAUGCAUCAAUGUCUGGAUUUGGUUCCGGUCAUGGACUACAUUUAAAUCAUGGUACACCACAACCACCACCACCACCACCAUCAUCAUCAUCAACAUCAAUAAUACCAUCAUCAAUGCACAAUUCUUAUCAUAAUAAUAAUAAUAAUAAUAAUCAUCAUGGUAUUAUGACAAAUAAUGGUCCAAUGUUAGGACAAAUGGCAGAUAAAAGAGAUAAGGAUGCUAUUUAUGGACAUCCAUUAUUUCCAUUAUUGGCAUUAAUAUUUGAAAAAUGUGAAUUGGCCACCUGUACACCAAGAGAACCCGGUGUUACCGGUGGUGAUGUUUGUUCAUCAGAAUCAUUUAAUGAAGAUAUUGCUGUAUUUGCUAAACAGAUUCGUCAAGAAAAACCAUAUUAUGUACCGAAUCCUGAACUAGAUAGUUUGAUGGUACAAGCAAUCCAAGUUUUAAGGUUCCAUCUUCUUGAACUUGAAAAGGUACAUGAAUUAUGUGACAAUUUUUGUCAACGUUAUAUAAGCUGUUUAAAGGGUAAAAUGCCAAUCGAUUUAGUUAUCGAUGAACGAGAUACAAAACCCGAUCUUGUUGAUAAUAAUAAUAGUUCAAGUAAUGGUAGUGGUGGACCACCAGGUAUUGGUAUUGGUGGUGGUUCAUCAUCAUCAAAUGGUGGUAUGAUGAGUGGAAGAAAUUGUAGCGGUGGUGGUGGUGGUGGAAGUGGAAAUGGUGGUGGAAAUGGUGGUGGUAGUUCAUCUGAUCAUGGUCAUCAUUCGGAUAGUGCAUCAACACCUGAUCAUCAAGUUUGUUAUUCGGUAAGUUUUGUUUUUUUUCGGAAAAAACACAAAACACAUAAUACAAACAACAUAUAACACCUACUACCUCUA